GAUAAAUGAAGCGUUAUCCUCACGCCUUCGUGUUGCAUCAUCCCAUGCGUCCGACCGCCUGGCCUUUACCAAUUUCCCACAUUCCCUGCGGUGCGGACACAUCACGGAGAGGCGACGGAGACGAUUACAAGGAUAGACACAGAGAGAUGAGGAGAUGAAGUGUUGUCGCCGCUCCUCCUCUUCCUUCUCCAAACCCUGCACCGCCACCACCUUCUUCGUCUCCUACUCCUCCUUCCUCCUCGCCCUCUCCUCCCUCCUCCGCCCCUCCGCCGCCCUCGUCAACCUCCGUGCCAAGUCCUUCUCCUUUACCUUCCUCGACGCCCCAGCCCGCUUCGCUGUUCCUGUUCGUGGCUCUGGGGUCUGUGGAGCUCUGCACACUGCCGAUCCUAUCGAUGCUUGCUCUACCCUCCCGAGCAAUCGGACCGCUGUAGGCCGAGGCGGGGGUUCGGCGCAUUCCGAUUUUAUUCUUAUCGUGAGAGGUGUUUGCAGCUUCGAGAAUAAGGUCAGGAUCGCUCAGGAUGCUGGAUACCAGGCUGCAAUCAUCUACGACGACCAGGAGAAGGGCAGCUUGUACUCGAUGAUCGGGGACUCCACGGGCAUUUAUAUACAUGCAGUAUUUGUUUCAAAGAUGGCAGGUGAGACACUAAAGAAAUUUGCUCGAGGUGAAGAAGGAGAAUGUUGUAUAGGUUCUUCUAUGGAUGAGACUGCUGGAACAGUGUUGGUGAUUUCUUUUGUCUCACUUGUUGUCAUAGUAUCAGUUCUUGCAGCAUUUCUCUUUGCUCGAAAUUGUCGGCUUCUAAGGCAUGGAGCCCAUAAGCGGCCUCCUAGUAUGAACAGACAGGCAGUGGAACUACUUCCUUCUUUCACAUUCAAAAGUUCCUAUGUCAAUAGCAAGCGCAUGGCAGAAACUUGUGCCAUUUGUCUUGAGGAUUACAGAGAUGGAGAGAGACUGAGGGUUCUUCCCUGUCUUCAUGGGGCUUGUGUGCACUUGAAAACCAGAUGCUUCUUUGGACAAGAAUCUUGGCAUUUAUAACCGCAACAUGACCACUUUAGAAUGUUUGAUUCUUGGGCUGUCACCAGAGCUUAUACUUUUAGAUUCUACUGUCACUUGAAGUCAAAUGUGAUGUUCCCUGCAUGGUGAAUUGUAAAAUAGCGUGUGUUCUUCAAACCUUGGAACGGUUAAUAUCUUUUAAUUCCUGAGUAUUAACUAAGUUAAAACCUGUGUUCCUGAUGAUAAGGACCUGGCAAAAUUACUUUCUGCAUUUGAAUUUGGUUACAUGAAGCCAGACGCAGGUGACUACUUUAAGCUUAUUAAUCAUGGAGGAUGCGAUUUGCAUCUUUUUCCCCACUUGUCAACAUUAACUCAUAAAUUCCUUCACAGAUUUCCAUGCAGUUUGUGUGGACUCAUGGCUGACGAAAUGGGGAACGUUCUGCCCAAUUUGCAAGCAUGAAAUGAGCUCGGGAGAAUAGGCUACCUGAUUUUAAGCAAAUCAACUUGCAUUGGGCUGAGUGAUGGAAUAAGUUUGGCAACUAUUUACGAGUUAUCCAUCUUCUACUCGUGUUGCAUCUGUAAGUGGAAUAAGAUUGGCAGCUUACGCUUCCGCUUCGAAUGUCAAGGAAUUUCGUGCCUUCUGUAAGAUCCGAGGGGUGUGCAUAUGAAUCUAGAGCAUGCACUUCUCUAUGGACAAUGCAAUGCAGGCAAAAGCUGGGAGCAAUCAACUGUCCUUUCCAACCAUCUGUUUCAUGCUUCUUGUCAUGUUUGCCUCGUCAUGCUCUCAUUUAUUAAUCCUUCUACCCAUUUGUGCAUCUUCUGUAUUCUCGUGUACCCUUCUGAGAGUACUCGGUGUUUAGCUGUGUUCUGACGCGGAUGUGUCUCACUCGCGUGUUUGGUUUUUGAUGAGCAUGAGAGGGUGUUGAGCUGAUACGGAGCUGCUCGGGAACUGGCACUGAAUUGAUCUCUUCUUUUAGCAUGUAACCUAUUUUUAUGAUGUCAGCAUACAGUGACUGUAUAAAAUGACUGUUUGUUGUAA